UCGGCCUCACAAAUGAUUAUUGGUCACAUAGCCACUAGAAGUUACGCAUGCCUAAAAAGUGUACCAAACUAUGAUCCAAUUAUUCAUCUAUUUAUCGUGAUUAGCUUACCAUGUGCUAUAUUUGCAACUGCUUUGGAUGGGCUUUGGACUUUCUGCAGAGAAUUCUAACCUUCUGCUUGGGGUGUAUUUUAAGUGGUGUGAUCAUGCUAGCUCUGAUCAUAGCUAUCGCCGCGGGCGUCGCUUAUGGUUACAACUAUUCAAUGGCAGAAUACCUCACAUUCACAAGACAAGAUACAACUGUUUAUAUGCGACGUGGUCAGUUCUACGACAAACCUGAUGUAGAUUUAGACGCUGGCGUACCUCGGCAUAGCCGCAGAAUGGGACCAGAAAUAGCUGACACCGAUGGAGAUAGUAAUACGUACAACCCCAACGGAAUUGAUUUCAAAGCAGCGGAACCAGAACAGAAAGCUUUCCAUGACACAUGGACUCAAGUCAAGGACACGCGAAAAUAUGCUAACGUGCUCACGAGAUACGAUAAGAUUGCAGAGGAAUCAAUGCGAAGUCAAGCGGAAGUUGGACGUGCUAUGGAACCACGAUCCAAGGUGACACAAAUGGGACAAGACACAACAACUCAAGAAUCAUUGAACAUAAUGGGAGAGACACUAUCGAUGUAUCAGACCUACGUAACUGAAGAAUUAUUGGGAGCAAACCUGGAAUUUCAAGGGUCUACAGUUUCUGCUAUACGUCUUAAAACUCAAACAACAGAACUAUUACCGAGACUCAUUAAUGUGCUUUCACCAGCGCCCGAUAAAGAGAGUUUUGCUCAUGAUUAUUCAGAUGAUAUUGACGAAGACAACGUAGUAUACAAACCUGUGUAAGUCUGACGCUGUUACUUUAAUAUAUUGUUUAACUUUGUUGUCGUCUUUUAACUUAUUAGUCUUCAAC